AUGUCUAUUUCCCCAUCUGAUAGCGAAACUUCUGUCGAUACCGAUAACAGCCAAAAUGACUCAGACACUGAUUUUAUAUCGGGAUACAUCUUCGAGGGUCAAAAUAACGACGAUGUUGCCAGUGCAACAGCUUGUAAUGCAGAGGAGACGAACGAUGGCUCUCUGCCUUACAAAGGCGAGCCUAUAGCAGAUGAUGGUUGGCUUGCCAACUACAAAGAGCAAAAACGAAAGCAAGACGAGCGGCGCAAAGAAAUGGAAGGUCGUUUGGAGCAACCUGAUUCUGUGCAUAUAUGGUAACACGAAAAAUGUAAAACAAAUAACAUUUCUCAAGCGAAUACUAUAUCACUACAGUCUAUUUAUACAAAUUCCUUUUACGAUUUUUGUUAGGUGUAAAUGUGGUAAUUGUAGCACCGAAUUGUUGCAAAAUAGUAAAGAAGCACAGUGCUGUAUGGAGAUAGAUGGCUGUGUUGAAGCCAUAAACAGCAAUCAAGUCCUCAGUGAAGUCGAUAGUCCACCAAGUUGUGUGACAUUUCAUCCUGGGUUUAACCCCGUUUGUUUAGAAAGGUUGUGUUGAAGCCAUAAACAGCAAUCAAGUCCUCAGUGAAGUCGAUAGUCCACCAAGUUGUGUGACAUUUCAUCCUGGGUUUAACCCCGUUUGUUUAGAAAGGUUGUGUUGAAGCCAUAAACAGCGAUCAAGUCCUCAGCGAAGUCGAUAGCUGGUCACUUCGCCAAGCAGGACGAAAGUAUCGAAAGAUUGACGGGACUAAGUACCAUAAGUCAGAUUCAGAGAACAGGUAAGAUAGAUAAUAUUGUUGGGCAUUGACAAUACUUGGGUUUUAUUUACCGUAAUUAUUUAUAUUUCGAUUUAAAUCAAUUGUCCAAAAAAAAAUAACAUGUUGGAGUUAUGGUUGGCAAUUCAUUAUUUGAUAAACAAAGCAGUGGUGGAUGAAGCAAGGGUUGUGUCCCCCCCCCCCAAAAAAAAAAUAUUACAUCAGACACUUGUAUCACUGAUCUUUGUUCAUAAUUUGUUAGAAUGGCACUCUAUCUGCACUCUAGCAAACGCUGUUUUGUAUCCUUGAGAACUUAACUGGUGAAUUAAUCUUUUGCUCCAUCUCCCUCAAGAGCUUCCUAGUGACUUUGGUGCCCCAUUGUGCACUCUCCAAUAAUUAUGUUGUUUCCAAGCAUUUUUUUACUUUAAAUAGUAUUCAUGAAGUGCAUUUGACUUUCCAUUAUAGAUAUCUUCGUGCAGUUUCAUUCAGGGAAUUUACAUACCUGGUUUACGGCUACCUGGGACAACGGAGAUAUCCACUACCUGCAUGUGCAUAUCAUGCAAUUAGAAAAAAAUUUUUGGAAGACAAAUAUUCUAAAUGUUCAGGUUAUGAUGAUGGACAAUAG